CGUAGACUGUGCAUACACAGGGUUAGGACACCGUACACACAGCUCCGCGGCCGGGGUAUGCCCCGCCAUGUUCGACUUAGACAGCGGCUGGAACCUGUCUUUUGCGGGCUGCGGCUUCCUGGGAAUUUACCACAUCGGAGUGGCCAGUUGCUUGCUGGAGAAAGCACCCUACCUCAUAGAAGGGGCGACCAAAUUGUACGGAGCGUCUGCCGGCGCUCUCACCGCCUCGGUGCUCGCCAGCCAGGCAUCCAUAACUCAAUGCUGUCAAGAUGUGAUUGAAGUAGCGAAGGAGGCCAGAAAGAGGAACCUGGGUCCCCUUCACCCAACCUUCAACCUGGUCAAGGUGAUAAAGUCAGGCCUGACUCGUGACCUACCCUCUGACGCUCAUGUCCGGGCCUCGGGGCGGCUGUGUGUUUCACUAACCAGAGUGUCUGACGGAGAAAAUGUUGUGAUAUCAGAGUUUAGCUCCAAAGAGGAACUCAUUCAGGCACUGAUUUGCAGCUGUUUCAUCCCCAUCUACUGUGGGCUGAUUCCUCCAUCUUACAGAGGAGUGCGGUAUGUGGAUGGUGGGAUCAGCGACAACCUGCCCCAGUCGGAGCUGAAAAACACCAUCACCAUCUCUCCAUUUUCUGGUGAGAGUGAUAUCUGUCCCCACGACGGCUCCACGACCUUCCACGAGCUUCGCUUCACCAACACCAGCAUCCAAAUGAAUUUGGGCAACAUGUACCGUCUCAGCAGAGCUCUGUUUCCACCAGAACCCAAAGUUUUGGCGGAGAUGUGUCAAAGUGGUUACAAGGAUGCUCUACGAUUCCUUGAAGAGAACAAUCUGCUGAUGUUAGAGCGUCCGACCCUUGGACUCACCCUACCAGAGAGCCACUCCGAUUGCUGCUGCAAGCACACUGAAACAACCAAAGAGCGGGUGCUGCGGAGGCUCCACCUCCUGCGUAAACAACACUGGUGGUUGGAUGAGCAGAUUAUUCUGCCUACACACAUUAAGAAAGUGUUUUGCGAGGCUUGCAAAGAGAAGCCUGGUCUGUUUGCCAAGGUGUCGGAGAUGCUGCCAAUGAAAGUGGCCUCCUACAUGCUAAUGCCAUGCACACUUCCUGUACAGUCGGCCUACUCAGUGGCACAGAGGUUUGUGGAGUGGAUCCCAGAGGUGCCAUCUGAUGUGGGCUGGCUGUUUGGCGUGGCUGCUGAUGUGUACCGUCAGGCCCGGAAAGGAGAACCAGCUCGCUCCAUCAGUGAGCCAUGUCUGAGGAAAUGCUCGAGUGUUCCACCUCUACCUGCAGAGCACGACAAACCUACACAAAGAGACAAGCUGCCGGCUCUUUCCUCAUUAGACCUACAUGGCAACUACUGGGAAAUCCAAGAAUCUACCACCACAUCCUUAUCCCCAAACGACCACCAUCAUCCUCACAUUACCCCCACCUCUCCUAAACAAGUCUGCUUCUUCGUCAGCUCGCAGGAUGAAUCCCACAACCAUGCACAGCAGUAAAAGACUCAGGGCUUUUAAGGGUUAUGUGAUUGAAUUUCCAUUCUGUGAGGAGCUGGAUAACUAAUGAUCAAUAUUGUUCGAAUGUUGUAAAGGAGACACACAUUUGUCAAAUUGUAUCUGAGCACUCCCAGAAGUACAAAGUUUAUUAUAUUUUUGUGAAAAUACAUUAGAAUUUACUCUGGAUAAUGGUCGUGUUUACCAGCCCUGAUGUUUGGGCCUGACUUAUGACAAUGAAAAUACUAUUUGCUGUCAUCUUCUCCACACCCUAUGUGAAGAUGGUGCGGUAGAAACACUUACACAGUCAGAUGUUUAGAACAGAGCAGGUCCUGAACACUGACUGGUUAAACAUUCUGAGUUUCUUUGUUUUUUUCUUUAAAAUAAAAUGAAAUAUAAUCAAA